AUGGAUGCUGACGCACAAACCCAACCCACUUUGCCUGAUAGUGACGGCCCCUCUCGCAGACGACGUGUGCGUGAUUUCCGCCGGGGCUACCAGGCUUGCGAGUUAUGUCGGAAAAAGAAGAUUCGCUGUAUCGUUGACAAACCUGGCGUGCCAUGCUUGAGGUGUCAAAGAGAAGUCAAAGAAUGCGUAUUUAGCGAUGAACGCUCUCAUCGGAAGCGGAACAAGACUCUUAGCAAAAGAGCAUCAUCGAAAGAAGCUCUGGGCUCAGAACAUGGUACUACCAUGGUGAGCACCUCGCCGGCUCCAGCCAAUCUGAGCGAAGACACAUUUACUCAAGAACCAUCACAGGUGCUCGACGAUAGUAAUGAUCUGACAUUGCCAGACAUUUCUUUAUCGGGCAGCAAUGAACUGCCAGGACUGGCCCAUGAUCUGCCUCAACAUCAGCAACAGAGUGUUAUGAACGAAACUUCACCGUCUAUGAGCUCCACAGGACCUGCUGGUGACCUCACUACUACACUUGUUUCGAACGGGAAUGACGCACUGCGGCUUUUGUACCAACCUGCGAUCGAAAACGCCAACAAGGAGGGUGCUUCACCUAGCAAUCAAGGGCCCAUAUCACGACAUACACUGCAUCUUAUCGGAGAGACAUCGAGUCCUAGGACAACCGCCUCCAUCAGUACAUCCAGGCCUACCUAUGUCUCUCCUACUACUCCCAAUCCCUUGACGGUAUGGCGGUCCUUCCGCUUUGUCAGAAUGGGUUGGUUCACCGCUGAAGAGGCAGUCAGAUAUAUCGACUUGUUCCAGCAGAAUCUAGCACCGCUAUCCCCUGUAUCGAAAGGCUUUGACCUGAGCCAUGAAAGACACUACAGGCUCAUCACACAAGAGCCUCUACUCUGCUGUGUAAUCUUGAUGAUAUCAUCGCGGUACCACGUCUUAGUCGGUCACGGUGGUCUGGCCAGAAGUACCAUUAUUCAUCAUCGAUUAUGGGAGCACUGUCAGCAUCUCGUCAUGAGAAUCAUCUUUGGCCAAGAAAAGCGAUCCAAGGCAAAGACAAGAACGAGGGGCUCUAUCGAAGCUCUUCUGCUGAUCAUAGAGUGGCACCCACAGGCGAUACACCUGCCGCCGGCUUCAGAUGGCUGGGACUCGUCUACUUUGCUCACCGACUUAGAUCCUCGGGAUGAUCAGUUCGAUAACCAAGCAGACGACACUAAUGACAAUGAAGCCCAGUGGUUAAGAGAUGUUAUCCUCCCCGCCAAGACGUCUGAUCGUAUGUCUUGGAUGCUGCUGGGCUGUGUGCAGUCUUUGGCUCUUGAACUCGGACUCUGCGAUGAUGGCGAAAGAGUUGACACGUCUACACAGCCACCAGGAUUCAAAGCUGAGCAGACGAGGUUACUUGAUCUUCUAUAUAUCUUUCUGGAGCAGCAAUCCAGUCGACUAGGAUGUCCUUCUAUGAUGCCGACGUCUGUCUCGCGCUUCAUGUCAGAGCCUUCGACAAGAGACGGGCAGGGCGAUUCAUCCACAUUGACAGCAUGGCUCGACCUGACUAAUCUUACACGAACCAUCAUCGAUGUUUUAUGUCCAUCGGCUGCAGGGAUUCGAGAAAUUCUUAGUAGCUGCAGAUACAUAAACAUCAUCAAACACUUUCAGAAACAGCUCGCGGGCUGGAAGACAACUCAUCUCAGUCACGAGACUUUAUCAUCUCAUGCAUGCGAGGACUUGACAAUUGAGUUUAAUUAUCUCCGUGCUUUCAUGAAUUCGUUUGGCAUCCAAGCCGCCGUUGAUCGAGUCCUUGGUAGAAGACCGCCAAACUCGAUCGAUACCGAUGUUCUCCAGUCAUCCAUCACGGCAACAGAUUAUUCUUUCAUCAAAGAAGUCAUUAAUUCAUCAUGCCAGGCUCUCGAGUCAGUAAACAGGCUAUUCGAGGCUGGUACGCUCCGGUACUGUCCCGUUCGAGUAUUCCUUCGCAUCAUCAUGGCUUCCAUCUUCCUUCUAAAAGCUCUGAGUCUUGGAAUUCGAACAACAGAUCUAGAGACGUCUCUUGGAAUAUUGGAAAGAAGUAUCCGAGCUCUUCGGAAUAGUAGUCUCGACGAGAUGCAUCUAGCUUCUCGGUAUGGAGAGUUGCUGGACAUGCAUCUAGAGAGGUAUAGGCAAAGCAUGGUCCCAACUACGAUUCCUCAGGGGAUUCGUACAGUGGACCAAACCUCCCAAUGGAUAUUCGACAACAGCGUACCGCCAGUAGAUGAUUCCCUAGGAGAUCUGUCAAUGCCGGCUGUGGAUGACUGGCUUGCACUGCCAUUUGAUCCUAGCAUGGCUCCAUUCGGCUUCGCCACUGAUGACCCCGACAUGGCCGAGCCAGAAGAUAGGUCAUGGGAUUUCUUGUGGAGCUUACCAAACGUGUAA